AUGGAACAAGUUCUGAUUCAAAAGGCUCGAGCAUCACCUAAUGACACGGCAAUCCUUGACAGCAGCUUAGCUAUCAGCUACCAAGGCAUUAUUCGGCGGGCUGACCUUCUCGUGGAAGUACUCCAAGAAAAGGGAUUGAGGAUGUCGGAGCCUGUCGGCAUCGUAUUCGAGUCAGGAUACAAGCAGGUUAUUUCGCAGAUUGCGGUGCUUCGAUCCGGGGGUACAUGUGUGCCUGUUGAGCCAUCCAUGCCUUCUAUGCGCCUUACCGCCAUGCUGAACGAUAUCAAUGCCCGGUAUAUUAUCACCAGCAGUGACCUCACUGAUGGGUUAAGCGAGUUUACCAUCCUCGAUUUCGACAAUAUUACCGACACACAGCAUCCUAUUCAAGCUGAAAACGAGAUCUCUCUGCGGGCCAACUGCGACGCAACUCACUGUAGCCACAUUCUAUUCACGUCGGGCUCUACUGGCCGGCCAAAGCCAAUCCAAAUCUCCUCCGGAAGCAUCCUCCAUGUCCUGAAUAGCUUCCCCACUUUGCCUCCUGGUCCAUCGGACCGCAUGAGCAUGUUUAUCAACCCGGGAUUUGACUUUUCGCUGUUCGAGAUCUGGGGAGCACUUCUCUCUGGCGCAACAGCUAUACGAAUCCCCAAACUGGUCGUAACGGAUCCCACCACUGUCGGUCGUUUUCUGAGAGAGAACAAUAUCACGGUCAUGAUUUUUCCAACCGCUCUGUUUAACGCCAUCGCCUUGUCUGCUCCAGAGAGCUUUGGGGGCUGCCGUCAUGUGAUUGUUGGAGGUGAAGCUGCAAAUGUUACCUCGAUGAGAAUGGUGCUGGGCAGCAGCCCACCUCAAUAUUUAUGGAACGCAUAUGGCCCAACAGAGACCACCAUUUGGGUGACAAUGGGGCUUGUUGACCUCGCAGAGGCGGAAGCUCCCCGCCUCAGCAUCGGACAGCCUCUCGGAGAAACUAAGAUCUACUUGCUGAAUGAACAACGCGAGUUAAUAACCGACAUUGGCAUACGGGGAGAAAUCUGCGUCUCUGGCCCCCAGGUCUCGCGCGGCUACUUGCAUCGACCCCAAGAAACCCAGGAAAAGUUCAUUGAUAUCCCCGCUUCUGAUCUUGGAGAGGAAGGGCCAGCAGUACGCCUGUAUCGGACCAGCGAUCUAGGCGAGUGGAGAAGGCCAGGCGUGUUGGACUAUAUUGGCAGGGCAGACAAGCAGAUCAAACGAUCCGGUCACCGCGUGGAACUAGGUGACAUUGAACGCACACUCGAAAUGCACCCAUCUGUGCAUGCCUGUGUGGCUAUUCAACACAAGCAAGAAACAUCGGAUAUCUUGGCGGCAUAUGUCGUUUUCGACUCGCCGACGCAAAUGGGCGAGUCUCAGGAUCUUACCAGCUGGGCAAGGGAACGGUUGCCUCCAUACAUGGUGCCCGAUAUGGUAAAGCAAGUUCAAAAGUUUCCUCUUACAAGUAACGGCAAGGUCGAUCGCGAAUCCUUACGGCCUGAUAUGGAGAUGUCUGCAGAAAAGCAGGAAAAGGAAGACUCGACACACCAAGCGAGUUUAGGUGAUAGGCUCCGGUCAAAACUACAGGAAUACCUCAAUGUUCCUGGGAUUGGUAACCAAGAUAACAUUAUUUCCCAUGGACUUACGUCACUUCAAGCUGCUAGGCUCGUUGGAGCGAUCAAAAAAGACCACGGGAGAUCUAUCACCUUAGCACAGCUGUAUGAGAAUCCGACUAUCGAACGUCUCGUGGCAUUCCUUGGGUCGUCCAACGAAGCAAAGAUUGGACCGGAUGAACAACUUCAGCGAUGGCAGAAUGACUCUCGCCUUGCGGACGACCUGGUAUUGCCCCCCGACUGGCAAAGUGAUACCGAGAGACGGGUCUUUGUUACAGGGGCGACUGGAUUUGUUGGGUCGUUUCUGCUUCAUGCCCUUCUCUCUAUGCCAACUGUAAAAAAUGUUGCUUGCCUCGCUCGGGGGAGUGGCAAUCUCACCCCAGCAGGCCGUAUCCAGAAGGCAAUGGAAAAAUAUGAUCUCUGGGACGGCAGUCUGGAAAAGGUGCAGAAGAUCAUCGUUCUGGAUGGGGACCUGUCCAAGGAUACACUGGGCCUAGGCGAAGAGAAAUUCCAGUGGCUAGCCAACUGGGCCUCUGUUAUCUUUCAUGUGGGUGCGCGAGUGAAUUGGUGCGAGCCCUAUGAUGCCCAUUUCGACGCAAACGUGACAGGAACACGGAACGUCAUACAGGUUGCUCGCAGUGGCCGACCAAAGGCACUGCAUUAUCUUUCGUCUAUCGAUGCGUGGAACGUCACCGGCCAUGUUAAUAACACCGAACGUGUCCUUGAGGAUGAGUCCCUUUUACCCCAUCGCGACUCUCUCCUGUACGACAUGGGCUAUGCGCAAAGUCAAUGGGUGGCCGAUGAGAUGAUCCAACGAGCAAUGCGUCGGGGAUUGCCAGCGGCCAUCUACCGCCCAGGGUUUGUAAUUGGGGACAGCCAGAGGGCAAUCGGAAAUCCCGAUGACUUUUUCGCCCGUUUCAUCGUGGGCUGUAUCCAGACUGGAUGCUAUCCUCAUCUUCCACGACAGCGCUUGGAAUAUGUGACCGUUGACUAUGUUUGUGCCGCUAUGAUUCAUAUCGCGGCAAAUAAUGACAAUCUCGGUCACGGCUACCAUCUCGUGUCUCCGGACCCUGCAAAUUCUGUUUCCCUUGAGGGGACUUACGACCUCCUCAAAGAAGCAGGUUAUCUCGUGGAGCAAAUUCCAUAUGCAGAUUGGGUGGAAACGGUUCGCCAGGCUUCGGGAAAUCCCUUAGAACCCAUGCUGCCGUUGCUACAGGAACCAGUUCUGGAUGGUUUGUCGCGUCUACAGACCAGCAUGAACACGCCUGUGUAUGACGCCAAAAACACCGUUUAUGCCUUGGCGGACCGUCCGGAUAUCCAAUAUGUUCCUUUGGAUCAUAAGUUACUGCGAUCCUUUGUCGAAUUCUGGGAGAAAAGAGGCUAUUUCACUCUCUGCGGUGACGGUUGUGGAACUUCGAAGUAG